CACCACAACCCCUCCUUUAAACACACACGCAGCCAUCCGUUCCAACCCAACCCCACUUCCAUCCUUCCUGUUCUUCUCACCACAAACCACCACCACAAACCCUCACCAGAACUAGCUUCUGCAACCAAAGUGUAGUCUGCUUAGUUUUAUUUGUACCCCUGCCGCUCCCAACGAAGCCGGUUCUUCCGUUUUCCUCCCAUUUACAUUCCUCUCCCAAACCCCUACACCAGCAAAACCACGCACACACAACCCACCAUGUCUACCGGCAAAACCUUCACUCUCAGCAACGGCGUCAAGAUCCCCGCCGUGGGCUUCGGUACCUUCGCCAGCGAGGGCGCCAAGGGCGAGACUUACAAGGCCGUCACUGCGGCCCUGAACAUCGGCUACCGUCACCUCGACUGCGCCUGGUUCUACCUGAACGAGGACGAGGUCGGCCAGGCGUUGAAGGACUUCCUCAAGGCCAACCCGUCGGUCAAGCGCGAGGACAUCUUCAUCUGCACCAAGGUCUGGAACCACCUCCACCGCUACGAGGAUGUGCAGUGGUCGGUGCAGAACUCGCUGGAGAAGCUGCAGGUCGACUACAUCGACUUGUUCCUGGUGCACUGGCCGAUUGCCGCCGAGAAGGAGACUCAGGAGAAGCCCAAGAUCGGACCUGAUGGAAAGUACGUCAUCCUCAAGGACCUGACCGAGAACCCCGAGCCGACCUGGCGGGCGAUGGAGAAGAUCUACAAGGACGGCAAGGUGAAGGCGAUCGGUGUCUCGAACUGGACGAUCGAGGGGCUGGAGAAGCUGCUCAAGAUCGCGGAGAUCAAGCCGCAAGUCAACCAGAUCGAGAUCCACCCCUUCCUGCCCAACGAGGAGCUGGUCAAGUACUGCUUCGACCACGACAUCCUGCCCGAGGCCUACUCGCCGCUGGGCUCGCAGAACCAGGUGCCCACGACGGGCGAGCGCGUCAGCGAGAACAAGACGCUCAAUGAGAUCGCCCAGAAGGGCGGCAACACUUUGGCCCAGGUGCUCAUCGCCUGGGGCAUCCGCCGCGGCUACGUGGUCUUGCCCAAGAGCUCCAACCCCGCCCGCAUCGAGUCCAACUUCAAGUCCAUCGAGCUGAGCGACGAGGACUUCGCCGCCGUCAACAAGGUCGCCGAGGGCCGUCACUUCCGCUUCGUCAACAUGAAGGAUACCUUCGGCUAUGAUGUGUGGCCCGAGGAGACGGCCAAGAACCUGUCCGCUUAAGUUAAAAGGGGGAAGGGGCG